UGAAAUAAUUACGGAAGCGGGUAUCGUGAGAGCGAUAGCUGCGGAAGUAUAGUCGGCGGGGAUUACCGCGGUGUGCCUGGCGGGCAUCUGAUACUCCGAUUGUGACCAAACAAAUGACCACAAGGACAGUCUUUUUUUGAUCGUCCAGACUGAGACAACACACGCCCCGUUGACAACUCCCUCCCUUUUCCACCUCCUUCCAACUUCAGCGAUUCCUUUUAAGGACGCCGUCCGCACUGACACUAAGAACAUCCUCCAAGUCGCGUUCAACGUUCAUAUCAUCUUUUAUUUCAACGCGUCCUCUUCAUCGUCGUCGUAGGGUGAACAACCCAUAUGGCCUAUCGCCGUCAACCUACUUCCACUACGACUAACUCUCCAUCUUAUCCGUAUUCCAACGCCGCGGCUCAUCACAGCCAACAACCUUCCCUUUCUGGUCAGACUAUUCAACAAGACGACCCCGCCGCAUCCUCUCCAACAAUGCGUAAGCGCCAACGCACGGACCUCAAUUUGGCAAAUCCUCCUGGUAAUCAACAACCUCACCAACAUAUCCCACAACCAGUACAACAGCCAGGCGUACCAGAGGAUGGUUUCAUUCAUGAUCAGGAUGCUGCCGAGAGUGGUGGAGACGACGAUGAUGAAGAGGAGAAACCAAAGUCUGACAAGAAGGCAGGAAGGCGAAAGAUUAAGAUCGAAUUUAUUCAAGAUAAAUCGAGACGUCACAUAACAUUCUCCAAAAGGAAAGCUGGUACGCGAUCGACUUUCUUUGCCCUCUCUGCGUAUGAACUUUCUACUCUCACAGGCACUCAAGUCCUUUUACUCGUCGUGUCAGAAACAGGUCUCGUUUACACCUUUACGACUUCAAAGCUACAACCUCUUAAUCUCAUUCAAGCAUGUCUGAAUGCACCCCAUGGCUCGCUUCCUUCUGCAAUGCCAGUCGGUACACCUAUAGGUCGUGCGUCUGGACCAAUGUCUUUACCUGGUCCUGGAAGCACUAACCUUCCCGGAGGGCUUACUAUUCCGGGCGGUCCUGUUGGUGGCCCUCAAAGCGCCACGAAGGAGGACGGUGACGAUGAAGGUGACGAGGAGGCCGCUCGCGGUAAUCGCGCAGCUGCAGCCGGAGACAAGCGUCGUCGGCGUCCGUCUACAACUGGCAGUGGGCCUGGUCGUGCCGGUCCUGGAUCGCCGCAGACCCCAAAUAGCACUAUUCCUCCUCCCCUUUCUAUUCCCGCUGCCUCUCAGCACCAGCAGCCACAGGCACCACCCCCACCACAAAUAUCUCUUGGCUCUCCGACGAGUCCUCAGCAGCAACAUUCUCAAGUGCCUCAAUCCCCUCAGUACGGAACAUCCCCAACUGGAGGAUACGCUCAUGCGCAGCAUCAUGGUCAUCAUGCACCUGGUGGCGGUCAUGCUGGAAGUCCAACUGACCCUGGCAUGUACGGCGGUCAUAUGGGCUUACCCCCACCAGGUACCUACUCAUACCCUGGUCCUGGUGGUCCUGGAGGCCAGGGAGGUCAACCUUUGGGUGGUUUGGCCGCUGCUGCCGCGCAGCACUCGCAUUGGGCCCCGCCUCCACCGGUUAGUCAGGGUGGCCAUUAUGGUCGAAGAUGAUGGUGACGGGUGCUUACAUUCAUGCAUGAUAAACUUUCUUGUCCGUCCAAACUGGGUUGUUUUAUGCUUUUCUUACUUCUCUGCAUGCUUCCGCUUCUUCGUCUCAGCUUCUUCGCUGUUAGUUACUCACAGCUAUUUCGGCUGAAAUUGUACAAAUAAUUGAUCAAUCUGCGUUUCUUCUCAUUUCCCCUGACUUGGUCUUAUCCAUAUUUCUUUCCCCUAUAUUUUGGAUGUUUAUCAUGUGGUUGGCGUCAAAAGUGCUUCGUACUCCAUACACGACUCGCAUCUGUGAUAUUACCAGUUCAACAAAGGCAUGUCUUUGGCAAAAAUAAAACCCGCGGCCAAACUUGAGCUUCAACGAAACGGGUGCGGCAUGUACAUUUCUGUCCAUAUGCUUCAUUGUGAUCGUUUUCUUUCCUUUCCUUUCUCGUUCCGAUCGACCCUAG